UCUCAUCUCCCGGGCGCUGUAUCUCUUGACUCUUCCUCUACGGAAGAGCCCAACAGGACAACAUGCCUCCCAAGAAGCCUGAGCCUAAGAAGGAAGUGGCCAAGGCAGCCCCGGCCCCGGCCCCAGCCCCUGCCCCACCUCCUGAUCCCCCCAAGGAACUGGCCUUUGACCCCAAGAGUGUAAAGAUAGACUUCAGCGCCGACCAGAUCGAAGAGUUCAAAGAGGCCUUUUCGUUAUUUGACCGGACCCCGACUGGAGAGCUGAAGAUCACCUACGGGCAGUGCGGGGAUGUGCUGCGGGCCCUGGGCCAGAACCCCACCAACGCCGAGGUGCUGCGCGUCCUGGGCAAGCCCAAGCCAGAAGAGAUGAAUGCCAAAAUGCUGGACUUCGAGACGUUCCUGCCCAUCCUGCAGCACAUCUCCCGCAACAAGGAGCAGGGCACCUACGAGGACUUCGUGGAGGGGCUGCGCGUGUUCGAUAAGGAGAGCAAUGGCACAGUCAUGGGCGCGGAGCUUCGCCAUGUUCUCGCCACCCUGGGAGAGAAGAUGACUGAGGCUGAAGUGGAGCAGCUGUUAGCAGGGCAGGAGGAUGCCAAUGGCUGCAUCAAUUACGAAGCCUUUGUCAAGCACAUCAUGUCUGGGUGAAGCAGACUCCUCCAGGGUGCCUGGCCCUUGGCCUCAGCCCAGGUGAGUUAACAAGAGGCCCAGGAUGACUGAGCUGCAGCUGGAGUCCUGGACUUUCCAAUGCACCACAGCCCCAAGGACCUCAUGGGCCCACAGCCCUCCCCGUAAAUAAACAGCUCCGGCAAGGCUGGGCCAGAGUUCCCUGAUUCCAACCAGUCUCUGAGUUGUUUUU